AUGAACAAAAUGGCGGAACAGCUCGGAAUCCCCAGAAAAUCGGUUCAAAUGAUGGUGAAAAAUGAGCUUGGACUUCGAAGUUAUCACUUAUUGAUUGGACAGAAGAAGCAAAGCAAAGCCGAAAAGAAAAUUCAAGAAACUACGCGAAUUUUUCAUGGGUGCGCUGAAUUAAGGACGUUCUUUGGUCCAACGAAAAAGCGUUCACCGUGGAAGUGGAUAAAACCUCUGAAUCACCGUCAACUUCUUAGUUCAGCUCCUAAGAGCAUCCGAAAGAGAAGAAUUGCCACAAGAAGUUUGUUCCCCAAAAGUUUAAUGGUUUGGAGCGUGUCAGUGCAUCAGGUAAGACUCCGUUGA